AUGGCUACUCGGAAAUGCGCAGCUGUCGUCGUGGGAGCUGGCCCGGCCGGAGUGGCUGUUAUGGGCAACCUGCUAGAGCGCCAGCUCGGCACAAUCGCUUGGAUUGAUCCUUCUUUCGAGGCUGGACGGGUCCACAGCAAGUACCGCGAGGUCCCUAGUAACACCAAGGUUUCACUGUUCCAAGCGUUCGCAACGGCAACACAGCCUUUCCAGAAAGUGAUCAACAACACAAAGGCCCCAAAUGCAUUCUCCGCAUUGGCCAAGCUAGACCAAGAGUCAACCUGCCAACUCGGCUACGCAGCAGACAUGGUCCGCAGCCUGACCGAAGGUCUAAUGAAGAUGGACGAUGUAUACGCAUGCCACGGCUCCGUCAGAUCAGCCCAUCUCAACGAAACCACCUCGAACUGGACCAUCCGCAUUAAGCAGAACUCCUCCGAAGAUCUGGAGAUUGAAGCCGCCCGCCUGAUCCUCUGCACGGGCUCCUUCCCCACAUCAGCCCCGAUCCCAGUCGCGGGACUGGACAUCCAGCGCUUGGACCUUGACUUAGUCCUCAAGCCCUCGGAUCUUGCCAAGACCCUGCCGGCCGAAAAGCCCGUGACAGUCGCCGUCGUCGGCGCAUCCCACAGCGCCAUCCUGGCCAUCUUGAACCUCACCACGCUAGCCCAGACUUCCCACCCCUUGCUCCGCAUCAGAUGGUUCACCCGUCACGCCCUCCGCUACGCGGAGUACAAGGACGGCUGGGUGCUGCGCGACAACACCGGUCUCAAGGGUCUAGCAGCUGACUUUGCGCGCUCGGAGCUGGAGGAUGAUAAGCUGCGUACUUCUCGCGCGGGCCAGGUUCUGACUAAGAUUGAUUGUGCUGGUGGGAAGGAGGCUGAGGCUAGUCAGUACAGGAGAUACAUGCCUGGAUGUGAGUAUCUGGUGCAGGCGGUUGGGUUUACGCGUGGCUCGCUUCCGGAUCUUUUUAAGAAUGGGAAUCCGCUUGCUAUUGGCUUUGAUCAUGAUAGUGGGAGGUUCCAUGAGGCUGGGAAUAGCGAGGAUGUGCCGGGGUUGUUUGGGGCGGGCAUUGCGUUCCCGGAAAGGGUUGUUGACCCGCUUGGUAAUGAGGAGUAUGCCGUUGGGUUUUGGAAGUUUAUGAAGUUUUUGAAGCGGGUUGUUCCGUCGUGGACUUCUUGA